GAGGUCACUAGAGGCUGUCAUACGCGACGUGACAGGGAUUCCUGCAAGGGCUCUACGGGGCACACCAUUGUCUGACUUUACGACCUCCGAACGCGAGGCGUGGGUCCGCAAUCGGGAAACAAAAUACGAGGAAGAUAUGGCAUACUCGUUGCUUGGGAUAUUCGGCGUCCACAUGCCACUCAUCUAUGGCGAGGGUCGCGAACAAGCACAGAGAAGAUUGCGAGAAGAGGUACAGAGAUCUAAGAGAGGAUUCAUAUUGACUAAUGCACUUAGGCACUCACCACACAAGUUCUCGAUCAGCUUUAGCCUGUCGGGCGUCCCUGAGACUCCACAUUUCGUAGCAAGAGAUGCAGAAGUAUCCGAGAUGCGGAGAAUGCUGUGCUCAGAUGGGAGCCGUCGCAUUGUCGUACUCCAUGGUCUCGGCGGCAUCGGCAAGACACAGCUCGCUGCGACCUAUAUCAACCGGUAUCGAGACGAGUACUCGGCCAUCUUCUGGAUCAAUAUCAAAGACGAAGCGUCUAUUCAGCAGAGCUUCGCUAGGAUCGCAACGCAGAUCCUCGAACAGAGUGCCGACACCGGCAGCCUCAAGGGACUGAACCUGCAGCAGGACCACGACAAGAUUGUCCAGGCCAUGAAGGCGUGGCUCAGCCUGCCAGGCAACACCAGAUGGCUCAUUGUGUAUGAUAACUAUGACGACCCAAAACUUCCAGGACGGAAAGCCGACGCAGUGGUCGACAUACACCAGUUUCUUCCUGGUGCACAUCAGGGCUCCAUAGUGAUCACAACACGACUGUCGCAAAUCGACAUGGGAUACCACAUUCGAGUUGACAAACUCAAAUCCGAACACGAGAGUCUAGAAAUACUAUCAAAGGUAUCGGGCCGGAAUGGCUUACAAGAUGAUGGUGAUGCAAAAGACCUUGUGCGAAAGCUGGACGGGCUUCCCCUCGCUCUAGCUACGGCCGGAGCAUAUUUGAAGCGCGUUCCAAUUAGCAUACGUCAGUACCUUCGCUACUACCAGGAAUCUUGGGAAAGAAUCACCGGUAAUCUGCAUCUCAGAUCCUACGCAGAUCGUACCUUGAGUUCAACAUGGCAGCUGUCGUAUGAGCAUGUUCAGGCACAGAACCCACUUGCGGCUGAUCUGCUUCGGUGGUGGGCCUACUUCAACAACGAAGACAUAUGGUUCAGUCUUGUGCGGGCCAGAAGCGAAAUGAGCCCCGUGUGGAUGAAGCAGCUUUCAGAAGAGCUUAACUUCAUCGACGUAAUGGGCGUGCUUCACGAUUAUGGCCUUGUAGAACCUACAACCAUGUUCCAGGAGACACAAGGGUACAGUAUACAUGGUUGUUUGCAUUCUUGGACGGUCCAUAUAUUGAACGCGGAGUGGGACGGCUGGUUGAACAAGCUUGCAAUCGAAAGCGUGGCAUCGCAGGUUCCAUCAGACGAUGAAGCCGAAUAUUGGCUAAUUCAGAAGCGACUACUACCACAUGCGAUCCGGUCUUGUUCAACAGUACAGAAGAGCGAUGUUCCUUCGGACUGGGCUUUCCAUUCUCUAGGUAAUCUGUACUGUGACCAGGGGAAGCUGGAUGAGGCGGAGAAGAUGUACUUGCGGGCGCUCGAUGGGAGAGAGAAGGCACUCGGACCAGAUCAAGUUGCGACAUACCGGCCAGCAACCAUACGAACCUAG